AUGAUGAUCGGCGAUAUCAAGUCCGCGGGGGCUAUUGGCCUCGGCGGCGUCGAGUUCGUGCCAUACUACAACUACGGAGGCCAAUUGGGCUCCCAGCCUGUGGGUGCAAAUUGGUCCAGGGAUGUGUUCGGAACGCCUGCGUUCAAGAAGAUGUUCGUGGCUGCGCUGCGGGCUCACAAGGAGGCCGGCUUGGCUAUGGACUUUGCCCUCGGUCCUAAACCUACCUGUCGCCGGAGAACUUCGCUCUUUCUGAGGCAAAGGUUCGGAAUGGCACACUGGGGCGCGACGGCCCUGCGUAAAGAGCGCUGGUUAUCACUAGCAAUAGCCGGGCUUCCCGUCAUCCUCAGUGGCGGAGCACCAGGUGUCUACGCAACGCACGAUGGACGAGACCACUCCAAGGUCCAGCGGGCCAUCCAGACCCUGAAGCAGUUACAGAACGUUUACAGUGUCUCGACUGGGCAAGUGGCAGCCAAGCUCGGAUCUCUCCAUCUGCGGCCACAGGUCGCCGUGCAGACUAACGGUACUUGGUACUCGACCUGGCGGGAAGAUGCUAGCAAUGGAAUGGACCACGCGUUUGUGUUCUGCGACACCAAUGCGUCAACAGGUACGCUGGAUAUCUCCAGUACCAAAAGCCCAAUAUUUCUCGAUCCUUGGACGGGAGAGCAGAGGCCAGUCCUCAACUAUCAGCGACAUGCAGACCGGGUAACAAUUCCUCUUCGGCGGGCAGGUAACCAAAUAGUGGUCAUUGGAUUCACGGCCGAGAAAGCUUCUUCUCUGCAUGUCACCCAGUUACCAUCAAGUGUCCUCGGCUACAACUACACCCAGAACGCCAGUGCAGUGCUGCACGUCUCGGCCAGCAACACGCGCAACCAAUCUAUCAGCCUGUCCAACGGCACGCGCAUCACCCUGCCAACAGAUAUCGCACCCGCCACCCCGCUAUCGAACUGGAUACUGACAGCCGAGCACUGGCAAGCACCACACAACAUUUCCAACGCAGCCAUCAACGCAGUCAAGCACAACACCACACACCACCUCCACAAACUCGUCUCCUGGACACAGCUCGAAGGCCUGAAAAACGCCUCAGGAGUGGGGUAUUACUCCACAACAUUUACCUGGCCCCGACCUCCUUCUACCACCACCACUGCUGCUAGCAGUAGUGCAAAUAGCAAGAAAUCAAGCCGAGCAGACGGCGCCUACCUCAUCCUCCCACCAAUCAACCACGCCGCCCGGGUCUACGUUAACGGACACCAGCUGCCACCGCUAGACCUGGCAGCACCCCGCGCAGAUCUGGGACCGUAUCUCCGCAGGGGCCAGACGAAUGAGGUCACCGUGGUUGUGCCGACGACGAUGUGGAAUUACAUCCACAGCAUCUAUGGCCGCAUCCGCAAUGCCGGACAGCCGCCGCUGCUGAUCUCUGAGGGGUAUUCCCUGCCCCCGCGCAGUGAGAAUGAUCUGUAUACUGACUCGUGA